AUGAAUCGACUUCCCAACAUUGCAAAACCCCCACAAAAGUCCAACCAAAGAAAGGAGAAGGCUCCACCAGAGGUUCCCGCUCUCAUCGCCGACAAGGAUCGUGGGACCUAUUAUGAGAAAGGACGAUUUUUGGGCAAGGGAGGAUUCGCUCACUGUUAUGAGCUUACGAAUCGAGCAACACGCGAGGUUGUCGCUGGAAAAGUGGUUCCGAAGUCGAUGCUCGUCAAGCAAUACCAGAGAGAUAAGAUGACACAAGAGGUGCAGAUUCAUCGAGAGCUUGGACACAUCAAUAUCGUGAAGUUAUUCAACUUCUUCGAGGACAAUCUCAACGUGUAUAUCACUUUGGAGUUAUGUGCAAGACGGUCGCUGAUGGAGUUGCACAAAAGAAGAAAGGCGGUCACCGAACCUGAAGCUCGUUAUUUCACUCAUCAAAUUGUGGAUGGCGUGCUGUAUUUGCAUGAUCUGAACAUCAUUCAUCGUGAUAUGAAGCUUGGAAAUCUUUUCCUCAAUGAUGAUCUAGUUGUCAAAAUUGGAGAUUUCGGAUUAGCAACAACGGUCAACGGUGAUGAGAGAAAGAAAACGUUGUGUGGAACGCCAAACUACAUAGCUCCGGAGGUUUUGAACAAAGCUGGACACUCAUUUGAAGUUGACAUUUGGGCAGUUGGAUGCAUUCUGUACAUUCUUCUUUUCGGACAACCACCAUUCGAGUCUAAAUCGCUUGAAGAGACAUACUCACGCAUUCGCCACAACAACUACACCAUUCCGUCGAUCGCAACACAACCAGCAGCAAGCCUAAUCCGCAAGAUGCUUGAUCCUGAGCCAACACGUCGUCCGACUGCCAAGCAGGUUCAACGCGAUGGCUUCUUCAAGUCAGGAUUCAUGCCGACUAGACUUCCAGUCUCCUGCCUCACUAUGGUGCCAAAGUUCGGAGGACACGAAACUUCGAUGAUGGAGGAAAAUGUUGCUCCAAGAGGGGUUGAUGCUCGUUCACAACGCCCAUUGAACGGAAGAGCUGGAUUGUCUGCCCUCCCACAACACAUCGUGUCGAACAAUGCCGAUCGUGAGCGUGCUCAACAACAAGCUGCAGAGGCGACUUUCCGGGAGCCCGAGGAUGCAUACCUUUCACAACUUUUCCACCAAGUUGCUGUGCUCUUAGAGCAGCGUAUUCCAGGGCUGGAAGAAGAAGAAGCUGCUCUUGAUGGUUAUCAAUCACCAGAGUGCCUCCCGGUUUUCUGGAUUUCGAAAUGGGUUGACUAUUCGGACAAGUAUGGCAUCGGAUAUCAACUAUGUGACAAUUCCGUCGGAGUUCUCUUCAAUGACAAUUCUCGUAUCAUGCUUGAUCAAGCUGGAAACGAGUUGACCUAUAUUGAGAAGAGCAACAAAGAGCACUACUUCUCGAUGCACUCAGGUGAAAUGCCUGGAUUGCUCAACAAGAAAGUCACAUUGCUUAAGUAUUUUCGAUCCUACAUGAAUGACCAUUUGGUGAAAGCUGGAGAAGGAUCUGAACAAAGAGCUGGUGAUGACUUGGCUCGUUUACCAACGCUUCGAGUUUGGUUCAGAACCAAAUCAGCAAUUGUUUUGCACCUUUCCAAUGGAACUGUUCAGAUAAAUUUCUUCAAUGAUCAUGUCAAGAUGAUGAUGUGCCCAUUAAUGCAAGCAGUUACAUUCAUCGAUCAAAACAAGCGUAUGCUCACCUACAAGCUGAACAAUCUUCAGCGCAAUGGAUGUCCAGAGAAAUUCCUUCACCGACUGAAGUAUGCGAAGACAAUGAUCGAAAGGUUGAUGAGCGAUGCUAACGUUGUAUCCCAGAAUCCAGCUCGUCAACCGGAUAUGCCACGGUCAAUGGCAGCUGCUCGUUCAGCUUCGGCAGGAUCACGAGGACCAAAUCAAGCUGCAUCGCACCUUCCCCAGUCGGCAAGUGGAUCCAAUAUUCACCCACGUCGAUAGAUCCGUAUGUGCUCUUUGCCACUUCCAUGAAUUUGCUUACAUCUCCUGAUUAAUUCCAAGAAGUAUUAUUCUAUACAUUUAACCCGUACUCUUCAUUUAUUGUUGCUGUUUUUCAUCGACCCUUUUAGUCCCAUGUUUCAGCAUCCAACAUGUCUUUAUUCCCCGUCCUCGAUCUCCCGUAGCUCAUUUCAUUGUAAAUACUGAUGAGACCCGCUGUAGCCCUUUUUCAUUCGUUUGUAUUCAUGGGCGAGGCGAUUUUUAUUUUGCGUUUUUAUUUCUUUUUGCUAAUUGAAUCAUCUUUUUUUGGUAUUAGUCCCACGAAAUAAAACGUACCGAUGAUUA